GUACGUUUCAAACCCAUGUGGUUUACGUUGUUUUUCCGGGUAUGCGCACACUGGCUGCGCCGUCAGCCUCCGGCUUUCCUCCUCUUUUCACGCCUGUUUUCCGUGCGGGCUUCAGUCCUCUGUGCACCUUCAACGCUGCAGGUUUCGAUCCGCACCGCACGACCAGCUGAAGAAAUGGCCACAAAGGUUGCCGUGGUAACGGGCAGCAAUAAGGGCAUUGGUUUUGCCAUCGUCCAAGCCCUCUGCAAGCAGUUCCAAGGAGACGUUUACGUCACCGCCAGAGACGUCGGUCGAGGUCAGGAGGCCGUGAAGUCUCUGGAAUCAGAGGGACUGAAGCCCAUGUUUCACCAGCUGGACAUCAACGACCUGAACAGCAUCAUCACCGCUGCUGCUUACUUUAAGGAGAAGUAUGGAGGAGUGGACGUCCUCGUCAAUAAUGCUGGGAUAGCAUUCAAAGCGGCAGACACAACUCCCUUUGCAGUCCAGGCAGAGGUGACCCUCAAGACAAACUUCUUCUCCACCAGAGACAUGUUGACCCACUUCCUGCCAAUCAUCAAAGCUGGAGGCCGCGUGGUGAACGUCUCAAGCUUCGUCGGCUCCCGCACUUUGAACCAGUGCAGCGCGGCCCUGCAGCAGCGUUUCCGCAGCGAGAACAUCACGGAGGACGAGCUGGUGGGGCUGAUGCAGCGAUUUGUUGACAAGACCAAGAAGGAUGAGCACAAGCAGGACGGCUGGCCGGAGACAGCGUAUGGAGUCUCCAAGACUGGACUGACGACGCUGUCCAUGAUCCUGGCUCGUCGUCUGUCCAAGGAGAGACCAAAUGACGGGAUCCUGCUGAACGCCUGCUGUCCAGGCUGGGUGCGCACUGACAUGGCCGGUCCGAAAGCCCCCAAAUCACCAGAUGAGGGCGCUAUCACUCCAGUCUACCUGGCACUGCUGCCGCCCGGAGCCACAGAGCCACACGGGAAGUUUGUCUCCGACAAAGAAGUUCAGGCGUGGUGAAAGAGUGAACGCGACCUGCGUGUGUGAGACAGACACAAUAAAAGAGUGAAUUACCAAAAGAAUAGAUUUUAUUUCCACACAGGAGUCACAAAUUUUGUCUGAAGUGGGAUGUUUACAGACACUUAAGCUGAAGGGAUUAAACUGUUGGGGGGAAGAAAUGUCCUCUGGUCUGAUGGGACAAAAACUGAUCUGUUUGGCCAAUAAACUUCCAGCAGCUUUUGGUGAGAAGCCUUGCCUUGCCUCUUGCCUUGACCGAUUGAAACUUAAUCAUUGUGAAACAGAAGAAAAAUGCUUUUCUGCAGUUUUUUCAUGUUAAAAUCAAUAAAUGAUCAUCAAAACUAAAAA